AUGUAUCAAGGUGAAUAUUUUGAGCGAGGUCGUAUUCGUCUCAUUCUGGGGAAAAGUGUUGAUGAUUUAUGUCAGCUGGAAAGGUCUGUUAUCAACAAGGUGAAUUCUGGUGGCUCCGGCACAGAUAUUUCAUACUGGGAAGGCCUUCUAGUGCAUUUGAAAGUGUAUAUCGCGAAAACGCGCCUGAAGGAAUUCCAUCAGAAGAUGCUAAAGUUGAAACUGGCCAGGAUUCGUGAAGAACAAAUGAAGGAAAUUGGAAAAAUUGACUCCCAUGGACGACCCACUGUUAAGAAAAGGCCUCUUUCUGACGAUGAUGAAGACGAUUUAGAAAAGCAGGUACGGAAAAAGAUAGAUCUUGAUGAACUCGAGUCUGCGGAUCUUGAUGACGAACAGAAAGAAAUGCGUUGGAGGCAAUUAUCCCCUGAGCAGCUGGAAGUUGCUACGUUAGAGCUCUACGAACGCGGCGGUUAUAGUCCCACUUAUGGCGAUAUUAAUGACACAAUGCCGGGCAUUGAGGUACUGGACGAGGAGAAUGAUAUGAAAGAUCUUUUGAAAAGGAGGCAAGAACAUCGAAAACAACCCGCUGGUGUUUCAAAAAUCGAUGCUGAAAUGCUUGCAAUUGCCAGAAAAGGCAUGGAAGGGGAUGAGUCAACUUUUUCUGUUGAGCAGCCGCUGGAAGCACAGUCGCACUUAUGGUCGGACAAAUAUCGUCCUCGCAAGCCGACGUACUUGAAUCGUGUACAGACUGGAUUCGACUGGAACAAAUACAAUCAAACUCACUACGACAUGGACAAUCCUCCACCAAAAAUUGUGCAGGGCUACAAAUUCAAUAUUUUUUAUCCCGAUUUGCUGGAUCCAUCGGAGACACCUUCGUUUACUGUUACUCCUUGCGAUGAUCCAGAUUUUGCGGUAAUCAGGUUUAAGGCAGGUCCUCCAUAUGAGGAUAUCGCUUUCAAAUGUGUAAAUCGUGAAUGGGAAAUGUCCUAUAAGGACAAUUUGGUCCGGUUAUUGUUUACCGUAAAUGGUACUGGAUUUGUUCUCAUCGCUACAAUACUGUUUGUUAUUGAUGCGAUUGGAACUUUUUUUAUCAUCCAGAAAGUACCGUACACUGAAAUCGACUGGUCAACAUAUAUGCAGCAGGUGGAGUGUUACGUGAAGAAGAAUAUACGCAACUAUUCUCAGAUUGAAGGUGACACUGGCCCCGUAGUGUAUCCUGCUGGGCACCUCUUAACCUACAGUGUCUUCCAUACAUUGACCAAUGCGGGUAAAGAUAUUCGAAUGGCUCAAUAUAUUUUUAUGGGGCUUUACCUCAUGAAUUUGCUGGCUGUAUUUCGCCUUUACUAUAAAUCCAAUAAGAUAGCUCCUUUCGCCCUAGUAUUUCUAUGCUUCACCGCGUAUCGCAUUCAUUCGAUUUUUGUACUACGAUUAUUUAAUGAUCCAGUGGCUAUGCUAUUCUUCUACUUGGCUGCUAAUUUCUUCAUAUCGCAACAGUGGUUGAUCGGUUGCUUACUGUACAGCUUCGCUGUCUCAAUCAAAAUGAAUGUGUUGCUGUUUGCUCCUUCACUGUUUUUCAUUCUUUUACUAAAUAUUGGUAUAUGGAGAACAAUACUGAAUCUCACAUGUUGUGCUGUUGUGCAGAUUUAUGUCGGGCUGCCUUUUCUUAUGUAUGAUCCGGUAGCGUAUAUCCGCCGGUCUUUUGAUCUUGGUCGCGUUUUCCUUUUCAAGUGGACGGUCAAUUGGCGAUUUCUUCCCGAAGAGGUAUUCCUAUCUCCUCGACUCCAUCUUGCACUACUUUCUUGUCACAUUGUGGUGCUUGCGAUCUUCGGAUACCAUAUGUGGUUCAGAUCUCACGGAGGGUUGCGAGCGUCUCUCAUCGAACUUUCACACGGAAUUAGAACGAGGACUGGUGUUGGAGAGACGCUUUUUGCGUUGUUCUCGGCAAAUUUGCUUGGUAUAACUUUUGCCCGCUCCCUACACUACCAGUUCUAUAGUUGGUAUUAUCACCAGCUUCCAUUUCUCCUAUUCUGGAACUCUAGUGGGUCCACAUCUACCAAGCAGUCAGCGAAUGUGCCAUGGUUAUCGAUGAUUAUAAAAGCUGCGGGUUUAAUAGGCAUUGAAAUCUGCUGGAAUGUGUAUCCAUCAACAGCUCUUUCCUCGGCAUUCCUUCAUGUCUGUCACAUCUCCAUCAUCACAUACCUCAUUGCGAAUCGCAUUGAACGCUUCAAGAGAAAAGCAAAAUCCUUGUAA